AGAACACAGGAAACUAAUAACUCCUCCUCUUGUUUACUCCCUUUAAACUGUACAGUUUAAACACAGGACACUCAGAACUCCCCCGCUACAGUUUACAGCAGAUUUAAACCCUUAAACCUCCUCUAGUUUAGAGUUUACAGCAGACUUUAAACCUCCUCUAUUUCCAGCAGACGCUCCAGUCAGAGUCACUUUCAUUUCUCCAGGUUUAUUCUGCAGCUUCUUCAUCAUGGCCAAGCUGGAUCCGUGCGUCAAAAUUCUCUUCUUCAUCUUCAACGUCCUGCUGGCGAUCGUGGGCGGCGUCAUCCUCGUCCUCGCUCUGCUGUCUCACACCUUUGGAAACCUGGAGAAGGGCUCGGAGCUGGAGAAUCAGACCGUCGGCCUGAUCUUCUUGUACGUGAUCGGGUCUCUCAUCAUCCUCGUAGCCGUGCUGGGAGCCUACGGGGCGUCCAAGGAGAACAAGGCCUCGCUCAUCGUGUUCCUGGUCUGCAUGAUCGCGGGGUCCCUGAUGAUGUUCCGAGGAGGGAUCAUGGUCGCCACCGCUCGUCCUCAGGUGUCAGAUCUGAUGGAGAGAACCUUCCGGCAGCAAAUUCCUCUGGAUUCUGCCCCAGAUCAGGUCCAGCAGCUCGUCAACUACCUGCAGUCUGAGAGUCACUGCUGUGGUCUGUUCAGCUACCGGGACUGGGAGGAGGUUCCGGAGUCGUGUUCCUGCCGCUCGGACCAGGCCCCGGGAGAGUGCCAGCAGUUCCGGUACCCGGUCUUCAUGCAGAAAUCCAUCUACAAACAGCCGUGCUUCCCCAUCAUCCUGGGCUACGCCCUGUGGGCCAUCGACUUCGUCCUCGGAUUCUUCUUCGUGCUGGCCGGACUCGCCGUCGUCGGCAUCCUCCUGUCGUCCGUCCUGAUCCACCAGCUGCGUUACCGUGGCAACCCGGCCGUCCUGGUCACGGUUCCUGCCGUCUACACCGCCGCCCCGCCCAAGUACCAGGAACUGCAGAACCCGCCCAAGUACCAGGAACUGCAGAAUCCUCCUCCGUACUAGAGGACGGCACGCCGGCCGGCGGUCGCGCCGCCACGGCUACACGGCUACGUUCCCGUCGCCAUGGCUACGUUUCCUUUUUUCCAAAGCGUUUCUGUUGUUUUGUCGCUGUGAAAAAGUGGGAGGGGUUUCGGGUAAAAACGGUGGCGUCAGAAAUCUGAUAAAUCUGGUAAAUCUGGUACGAGGAUCAACCUGCUGAUGAAGUUUUUUAAAGGUGGUUGAACUCUAAAACUUUUAAUAAAUGCUUGAUUUGAUCCUUUUGAUUGAUGAAAUGAAUGUUUCUAACCAGCGAUAAAACUAAAAAACUAAAUGAACCAACUCAGGAGUGAAGAUAGAAACCAAGCCAGACGUGUUACGAGCAGAACUCGCGUUAGCUUCGGGUGCUAGCAGGCGCUGCUAGCGCUUCACCGCCUCCACCUUCUCAUUUCUGCUGCUGCUUUAAUUACUUCUGAUGGUGGAAGUUACUUCCCCUUUAACUUGCUGUAUUUAGGGUAAAAAGGGAAGUCUUUAUAUUUCUAACUGUCGAAAUGUGAAUUUUUGUACCUUGAUCUGAUUUUGCUUCAGGAAUAAAAGACAAUAAAAUGACACUGGUGUGUUUAAAUAAUGUUA